CUCAGUAAGCCGAGGUGGCACAUAUCGAUAGGGAUUAACACUACUGGUGGGGCCACCACUAACUCAAUUGAUAAGUGUUUCGACCAAAAAACGACCCAAUACAACGAGAACCAGCUUAUUUUGUGGUGUAAACAGUGGAGUAGAAAAUUGAUGUGGAGGAGAUCAGAUGUCAGCGCUAGCGCCGCCGCCUGCCGCCUCGAUGAAGAACGCGCUGCACCCGGACAACUACAAUGACGCGCAGGAGGAUGUGGUGGCCACUGCUCUGCACGCGGAUCUGGUUGAUCGGGUUCUACGAAACAAUAACCCUAUCGAUGCUAGCGGAAGCAGCAGCUGCGGCAUCAUCAGCGACGCCCAAUGGUCCCAAGGACCCCUGGCUGGGCAACAACUUGUACUGCGCAACGUAAACCAGCAGGAAACGGCCAAAGGCCAUCGAAAGUGUUACCAAAACAAAGGUGAUGCCGGCAGGACUCAGGAUAUGACGAACAAUGGCGAGGACCUGCGUCUCUCAAAGAUUAUUCGACGGCUGUGUAACGAAACAAAUCCCACGGCGGCAUUGGAUCUGUGUGCUAAGCUACAUCAGGCAGUCCGCACGCCUAUAAACAUGGGCUACUUGUCCUGCUCCUUCGUGUGGGUCCUUGAGAACAUGCUAACGCUUUUCAAGCAGUGCUCGCCCGUUGUUCUGGAGGAAUGCAGCAAGAUCCUGGGCGUGAUCGGGUACAUGAAUCGCAAGUCGUACCCCAUCUACGAAGAUUUCAUUGUGAAAAACUACCGGAACGGAGCAAAGCGUCUGCAGAAACAUCUAAUCCAGGCGUUGCGCACCACGAUGAGCUGUGACUCCAAGUGCGACCUUCAUCCAUAUGCCGACAAAAUAGUUAUAAUGUUAAAGGACUUUCUGGAGGGGGCAGAGAACGCUGAAAGCUUCACGGCAGUGAGUGAUGCCCUUGUCCAGUUCUCGUAUAUCUACCGGGAGGCCUUCGAGUGCCACUUUACGGAUGUGGUGGAUAUUGUCAUCGGGUGGCAGCUGGAGGCAGGUCAGCCCAAGGAGCUCAAGCUGCACUGUGCCCAGGUGCUGGAACAGCUGACGCCCUACUUCAGCAAGCAGAUAGACUUCAGCUACGGCCUGCUGGCACAAUUCGUCGAGGACAUCACUGUGCUGGAGGAAGCAGAGCCAGCGGAACGGGUGGGAGCGUUUGUGGGUGCCUUUAACACGCUUCUCAAGUGUUUGGCCCGUAUGCACAUCUUCGUAGGCAAUCCCGCCUGCGAGUCCAUUGUUCAGCUGGCGGUGGAUCACCUCACUAAGAUGCUGCCCAGUCUUCUGGAGGACACUGAAACGGACGCAGUAGUUAACAUCAACGAGCUGCUCUGCAUCUGCCUGAUGAACGGCUUCGGUGGCCUCGAUCCGAGCACCCUGGAGAUGCUGCUCUUGGGCCAGUUUGAGCGGAUGAGCCUAACAAGUGAGGCCCAGCGACAGAGCACGUUGUACCUACUACUUUGCUCGGUAAGGAGGUUGCGGGCCCGCCUGCCCGCCAGCCUUGUACAACUGAUUUUCCAGAGCGAUCCGUACCUGGCGAAGGUGAAGCGCGGUGAUCCACGUGGCACGUCCUACAAGCUACUACUCCGCACCUGUCAGGAGACACUGCUCAUCCGAAACGUUCCGCUGCUGCAGCAGGCCUACAAGCACCUGGUCGAGGACAUCGACACCUGCAUGGAAGCCAUGCUCGUGGAAGAUUCUCCUUCCCAGUGGAGAGCCACCGAAUGCAGCGUUCUCCUUGUCUUCCAUCUGACAGCCCUAGCUGCUCUCGCCAAACAAACAUCCUCCAUCAUUGGAAUGUAUGCCUGCAAGCCCUCCAUCCUGGAGCUCUUGCUGACCAACUGUCGGGCCCAGGACCUGGCGCUGUGGAGCCGAUACCCCUCCACCCACCAGGCCAUCCUCAAACUGCUGGUGGUGCACUGUCAGGCGAACCACAACUUCCGCACAAACUCCAGCCUGCUGCGAGAUCAAGAGCAGCCCUUGUCGGAAAACACCUCUCCGACGGCCAACAGCUUUGCCACUAUCCUGCGCUUCCUGGCCGCAGUCCUGGAGCACGCCGGCCAGCUGAACCCUCAAAAUCUUCGGCAACUCCUCCAGUGGCUCCAAGUCCUCCUAAGUGAGUGUCGGGACCGAAGCGACGUCCUCCUGGACCAGGAGCAGUUCCUCAGUAUUUGCCGGAGCCUGGUGACUAGUGCCUGCAAGUGGAGUCCCCAGGAGAGCGCCGCUUGCAUCCAGACUGUGUUGGACUACGGCCCGGAGAAACACGAGAACCUGACAGAGUUGCUUACUCUCUACCGAGACAUGGCGCUCCAGCAACUGCAGGUGCUAUCGCCCAACGGCCACACUCCCUUCAGCCAGAUCUACACCAAGCUGCCGCUCCGAAUAACGCUGACCGGUGGCGACACACCCAUUCCUGGCAUGAGCAGCCGGAGGGUCUGUGUCUGGCAGCAGCGGAUGAGCCAGUGCAGUGCGGUCAGAGACAGCGUGUUCCGGGACUUUUUCGCGCGCCUGCAACAGCCGGAACUGCAGCCAUUGACCAACAGCUUGCGGGACCUCUUCGUGCGCAGCUGCCAAGUGGCGCCCCAAGACGAGCGGCAGGAGAAGCUGUCGCAUUGCACGCGCCGUUGCCAGCGUCUGGCCACCGCCUGGCUGCAGUUCGAAGCGGCCAGGUACUGCGUGGACCAGCGACUCCGGACGACGCUGGGCAAGCCACAGGAGACCUUCCUCGCCUUCGAGGCCAUCAUCAUGCGUCACGCCCGGCAACUGAGUGGCUGCGGCAAGGAAGAGGAGCGCGCCGCCCUGGACAGCUUGAACCUGGAAGAACUUUCCAAUAUUCAAUCAAAUCUAGGCCUUCUUCUGGGCUUUCUAGACUCGUUGGAGAAGCUCAUCUACAACGCAGCCGAGGGCAGCGCAUUUGCCCUCCGCCCGCCGGAGAAGCCGGUGGCUGCUUUCUUCCGUCUGAACAACCCCACCUGCCAGUCGUGGUUCAAUCGCAUCCGGAUUGGAGUUGUCAUUAUUGCGGUGCAUGUCCAGCAACCGGAGCUAGUGAUUCGAUACGCCCAGCAAAUCUUGCUCACCGCGAAGACCCAGGACGCCACCCACAGCCAGGCAAUCGUAUACCUGGCCUGGGCAUGGGUCGUCUGCCAGGAGGCGGACUCCCUGCGCGGCCUUUACCUCUGGGCUCGCUCCAAGAGCAGCAAGUCUUUCCAAUGGCUUCAAUACGCAGCGGACCAAGCUGGAGGCAGAAAAGACGCUGCUCUGGCCGGCUACCGCACUCUCUUGUGCGAGGCGGAGCCGUCGUCGGAGCUGGACACACACACGCGACAGUUUGUGGUUGCCCAGAUGAUGCAGUGCCUCCAGGACACGGGCCAGUGGUCGCAGCUGGUUGAGCUCAAGCAGCGCCAGCUAACGCGGCCCGAAGACCGCGAACGGAAUCCCUUUCUACAGCAGAGCAACGUGGAGGUGAGUGCCAUUGAGCGGCUUCUGGCCAAGAGCGAGGAGCAGGCGGCGGAUAUGGACGUUUUGAGUGGAGCUCUCCAGGAGCUUAGCCUGUGGCCCCGAGGCUGGGAUGAAUCCUCAACCGGACACGCCAGCUUUGCCUCCGUUCAUGUGCGACAGCGCACGGAGAACCUGGUUCUCCAUCACCUCGUCGACGAUCGCAGCCUGCCCGAACAGGUGCGAAAUCUCCUGGACACCCAGUGGCGCGACAGCCUCCUGAACCCGAGCUACGACCAGAGAGCCUGUCGCGAACUGACCAUCCUUCGGCACGUGGCCCAGCGAGUAACUAGCGGCCAGGCGCUUUCCCUGCUGCCCCUCUGUCCCGUGGAAAAUCGACGCCCCCAACUGCCCAGCGCCAUCUACAUGCGCUGCCUGGCAUGGACGCAGCUACUCCGUCAGCACUGUGUUCCGGGCAGCUGGGAGACUCUCUGUCUGGACGCCGCUGCCGCCGCUCGAUCGGAGGGCAACAUCCAGUUAUGCCAGUCACUGUUGGUCCAGUUCUUCGGCCAGCCGCUGGACGUAAUUGCUCAGGAGUCGCUUUUGGGAACGGCGGAUGGCCCGGAUAUGGCGCGUGGCUACAGCGAGCUAGCCAAGUGCCUGCAACUCCAGCAGCAGAUGCAUUGCAACGUGGAGGGCACUUCCCCGAUCGACCUAUGCUCCUCACUUUGCCUGGGCCUCCAGCGCAGCCAGCGCCAUCCGGCUUUGGAGGCGGAUCUGCUGCUGAAGCUCUCCGACUGGAUAGCUGCCCGUACCUGCUGUGGCCUCGCGACGAACCCUUCGAUGGCACUGGUCCAGCUGGUGGAGCAACUGCCAGAGUGCCCGCUGACCUGCAGCACGGCGGCCCAGCCUCUUGCUAUUCCUCAGGCGGAGCGACUGGUGGCCCGGCUGGUGCACGCCAGCUUGGAGAAGCGCCCUGACAGCGAGGAGGCCCUGAUCGCGUACGGGAACUGGUGCUACCGCUGGGGCAAGAAGAUCGUCGACAGCGGCAGCGUGCUCAACCAGGCGGACUUGCAAGACCUCAGCCAGGUCCUGAACCUGAGCCAGCCCCUGGACGGGGAGCGUCUCAGCGAGCUCCUACAGGCGCUAAGUAUGGAGCAGCCGCCGGCGAAGUGCGAGGAGGCGUGCCCGGAGGCGGCCCGCGUCCGGGACGAUGAGGCGGCCAAAAAGUGCUUGCGGCGGCUGAACCUGUUGGCGGACAAGCCAACCGAGGUGCUGGACGCCGUCUUGAAGAUCUGGCGGCGGGCCAUCGCCAACACUUACGACUACUACAAGGAUGCGGCGCGAUCGUACUUCCAAUACCUAAUUUUGAAGGCGGGAUCCGGAUCUGGAGCCGCAGACGGAGCCAAAGCUGGAGCAGGAAAUGGGUGCGGCUUGGCCAAGGAGGGAGAACAACGAUUCCACGUGGACGACAGCAAUCUGGUGACCACUACGCUGCGACUGCUCCGGCUGAUCGUGAAGCACGCCAGCAGCCUGCAGGAGGUGCUCGAGCAGGGACUGCGCCACACCCCCAUCGGUCCCUGGAAGGUGAUCAUCCCCCAGCUGUUCAGCCGGCUGAACCACCACGAGCCCUACGUCCGGAAGAGCGUGUGCGCCCUGCUCUGCCGCCUGGCGGAGAGUCGUCCGCAGUUGGUGAUCUUCCCCGCCGUGGUGGGAGCGAACAGGGAGCAGCAGCAACAGGCGGCCUCCACAGGUGAGACGUCUUUGCCACCUGUCCCCUCCACGGAGGACGCCUGCUGCUACGGAUACUUGCUGGGCGCCCUCUCGAAGCAGGCGCCGGAGGCGGUGCAGCACGUCCAGCUGAUGGUGAAGGAGUUGCGCCGCGUGUGCCUACUCUGGGACGAGUACUGGAUCCACUCCCUGGCCCACAUCUACAACACCUACGUGAGCCGUGUGAACGCUUUGGCGACCGAGUUCCGGCCGGACGACCACGAGGGGAAGAACAACCGCUUCAACUGCUGGCGCCCCCAGCUCCUGGCGGACGUGGAGGCCCUUGCCGCUCUGACAGAUCGCCCGCCGGAAACUUCCUACGAACGGAGCUUCCGCAAGCGCUUCGAUUCACCCAUUCGGGUAACUCUGGAGGCCCUGAGGACGCGGCGAUACCCGGAGGCGUGGGACAAGCUGAAGCAGCUCUACCACGUGCUCCAGUCCAACAUGAUUCGCGGCACCGGAAACACCCUCAAGAUGCAGAGCCUCAGCCCGGUGCUGUGCGGGAUCGGGCGGAUGCGGAUUUCAAUGCCAGGACUUGACGCCCAUGGUGCGGACGAGGACCAGGUAUACAUCGAGAGCGUGGAGGGAACCGUUUGCGUACUCCCAACCAAGACGAAGCCCAAGAAGGUGGCCUUCUACGGCAGCAACGGACAGAGGUACACGUUCCUCUUCAAGGGCAUGGAGGACCUGCAUCUGGACGAGCGCAUCAUGCAGUUUUUGUCCAUUUCGAACGCCAUCAUGGCCUGCCGGAACGACUGCCCGCCUGGAAACGGCAGCUACCGGGCGCACCACUACUCGGUGAUUCCCCUGGGACCCCAGUCCGGGCUGAUCAGCUGGGUGGACGGAGUGACGCCGCUCUUCGCCCUCUACAAGAAGUGGCAGCAGCGCCAAGCGCAGACUGCCAGCGGCAAGACCGGAGGAGCUGCCGGUGGAGGUGUAAAUGCCACUAGGAGAUUCACGGACCUCUUCUACAGCAAGCUCACCCCGCUCCUGGCCAAGCACAACCUCCAGGUGACCGAUCCGCGCCGCCAGUGGCCCGUCUCGGCGCUCCGCCAGGUGCUGGCCGAGCUCUCGCAGGAGACGCCGGGCGACCUGCUGGCCCGGGAGCUAUGGUGUCAGGCGGGCAAUCCCGCCGAGUGGCGCCAAUCGAUCCGGCGCUACGCCCGUUGCAUGUCCGUCAUGUCGAUGAUCGGGUACGUGAUCGGGCUGGGCGACCGCCACCUGGACAACGUGCUGAUCAACCUCGGAAGCGGCGACAUCGUCCACAUCGACUACAACGUCUGCUUCGAGAAGGGGCGGACGCUGCGCAUCCCCGAGAAGGUGCCCUUCCGACUGACCCAGAACCUGAUUCAUGCCCUGGGAAUAACCGGAAUCGAGGGUUCCUUCCGGCUUGGCUGCGAGUACGUGCUGAAGGUGAUGCGCAAGGAGCGCGAGACGCUGCUGACCCUCCUGGAGGCCUUCGUGUACGAUCCUCUGGUGGACUGGACCGUCAACGAUGACGCCCAGGCCCUGCGAAGAACCUUGAAUGGCAAGCAGCCGCAGGGAGGUGGAGGAGCAGGAGCUGCCACUGGAGAGGUGAAGUGCAACAAAAAGGACAAAAACAGGAACAAGCCGCACGACUGGGAUGCCAAGCGGCAGCACUUCGUAACCAAACUGGGCCAGCUGCAAAAGUUCUGGGCCUCCAACAGGGACGACAUGCUCUUGCAGCUGCAGGAGAUGGAGCUGGAAAUAGAGCAGUUGCAAGCAGCCCAGAAACGGCGCAUGGCCACCGAGCAGGAACUGCAGGAGGUGAAUCAACGCAGUGCCCUCAUCGCGGAGAUUAAGUCCCUGGGCACGGCGAUUGAGAGCCACAGCUUCAACACGGCAUCCCUGCGCCAUGCGGUGCGUCGGGGCCAUCUGGAGGCGUUGAGGUCCCUCAGCGUCGAGCGCCAGGCCGACUUCGCGACGGUCCAGAACCUGCUCGCCAGCUACGGCCAGUGCCUGCAGCCCUACUACCUGGCCGAGCUGCACGCUCAGCUCCUGCAAUUCCAAAUAGAAGCCACGGCGGCCGUGGAGUUCGGCGGCCCCGUCGAUCCCAAGGCGCUCCAGAUCGUGCCGGGCUACGAGAUGAUGCGCGUCCAGCUGGACGAGAUGACCCAGCACCUGGGUGAGCUGACACUGCGCACCUCAGAGCAACUGCAACAGUACGCCUCCGUGAUGGGCUUCUUCCCGGAGCAGAGCCACCGACAGAAUCUGCUAGUCCGCUUCCACGACAGCUACUCCGCGUACAUGCAGUUCGGCGAGGAGGCUCUGGAGAGCUCUGGCAAUUCCCACUCGUCCUCCGGCUCGAUCAUUUGCACCGCAGACAUCCUGGGCGUGGCAGAGGCUCUGGAGACUGUCUGGAUGCAUCUGAACUGUCAGCUACUCAACUCAUCCCAGAGAUUCGCCGCCAAGCAGGCUCAGGCCCAGGCGCUCGGUCCCCCGACUACGGCGCUGCUCGCCAUGAUCGGCCAGAGCGGAUGUAGCCUGAUCCUGCUGAAAGCUAGCCUGUUGCGCAUCCUGGACAGAGCCGGCGAGUCGUUCGGGUCCUAUGAACAGGUCGCAGUGUCCAGCGAGGACGAGGAGCUGCUCCAGCACCAGCUGCAGCUCAUCAAUCUGGUGCGCUCUAUGUGCCAUGGCGUCCUGUCUGUCAGCAACAUCGGCGAGCAGGAGGCGGACGCCCAUCUCGACCAGUUGGAGAGGCUGCUGUCGGCUCUGGCUCACCUGAAGUUGAUCUUUGAGCACGACCUUCCGGCCAGUAUCUAUCGUUUGCUGAUGCUCCAGCCGAACCUCGGCCAGCUAAGUGCCCUGUGUCAUUUGAGCGCCACCAGCCUCGCGCAGCUCUACCUGGAGGCCACGAUCGAGGAUGGCAAGCAGUCAUCGGACGGAGAGUUCCCCGCCGAGCGGAGGUUCCUCCUCGCACUGCAGCCCGCCUAUGAGCAGUUCCAGGUGGCGGCGACCGCCUACAAUGAGCUCGUGCGCAGCAUUAAGCACCUUGUAGGGGACACCCGCGUCCCGCUGGUGCUGGAACUAACGAAUCUGGCCAUACUGAAUACCGCAAGCCUGCUGUUGGACGAUGAGUGUUUCUUCGGCUUGAUCUGCGAGACCCUGGAAGCCAGUCGGAGCUGCGAUGUGCGGGAGAUGGCCCGCCCCGUCUUGGCACUGAUCCACCGCAUCCAGGCCGACAGCCUUAUUGGACUUUUGCAGCCGCUGGCUCGCCACUUCUACGAAUCCUUGGGCCCCCAGUGCCAGCCACCGCCCGGCGGUAACCCUUGUCUCGGGGACGCUGUCCAGUCGGACCACAUGUGCGAGAGCCUCUUCCUCUCCAUGCAAUCGGACGGAGCUCUGCAGCAGCUGCAGUCGGAGAUAGCGCUCCUAAACCAACAGCUGGAGCUGCACACUCUGGCGGCCUCCGCCCAGUACUGGGCCUACGCAGAGACGCUUGGAGGAAACCAGAUGCGCUGCGGCCACCACAUCAUCCGCCGGCAGAAGCUCGCGGCUGCUCUCGGGGAGAACUGGCUGGAACUGGACACGGGGCUGCAGAGCCUACAGCGGCUGCAGAUGGGCCUGGACACCCAGUUGGGUCAGCUGCAGUCCCAGAGAAGCAACUGGAACCGAAACCACAUCGACAGCCUAAUGCGCACGGAGCAGACGCAGUCGGCUCGUGUGAAUGGCCACCUGGCCGUGAUGCAACAACUGGCGGAAGGAGCCGGCGCGGUGUGUCGCCUGGAACAGUAUCCGGGGGCGCUCGGUGAGGAGGGUUGUGCCCUAGUGGAGCUCUUGGAGCAGUGGCUCGCUGUCCACGGACAGUGGCAGGCUAGCAGCGCGCGGAUCAGCAGCGUGGAGCAGGCUGUGGUGGAGCUACUUGACCCCGAGGGUGCUAUCGACUCCGCCUGGCUGGAGGACGUCCAGGGACUACUUGAGGAGCACACAUGCAAGGUGCAGCGGGACUUGUCCGCGCUGGAGUGUGAACAGCAGGCCAAGCACCGGUUCAUCUGCACCCUGGCCAAGGAGACACAGCGCAUGCAGGAGAGCAUGCCGCGCUUCCACGUUCGCACCCUGUGCGCGGACGCCCAGGCUCAGGGUCAGGGCAAGAUGGUGCCCACGGACGUGCAGCUUCUGUGCGGCCAUCUGCGCGACAGCCAGCGCGUGCUGCAAACGCUCUUCCAUCGCCUGGUCGAGCUGCGGAAGGACCUCUGCUUCGAGCGCCUGACCCUGCCGGUACCGCUGCUCACCUCCUGGCUGCAGCAGCUUCAGGAAAUCCAGAAAAUGGCCCGAGGCGAGGUGAAUGCAUUUUUCAAGAGCAUGGACGAAUUCCUGCAACAGGCCACCGAUGCCCAGACAGAGACCUACGAGACCUUCGCCCACUGCAAGGGUAAGUGCUAUACUUGUCUCCAGUGAAUCCUAUUUCCAAUCUCUAUCUAAUCCGCAGGUGGAAACAAUCUUAAUGAACAGAAGCGAAAUGCCUACGGUGUGUCCGUGUGGAAGAAGAUCCGCAUGAAGCUGGAGGGGCGUGAUCCGGACGGCAAUCAGCGCAGCACUGUUGCCGAGCAAGUGGACUAUGCGAUCCGCGAGGCCAUUAAUCCGGAUAACCUCGCAGUGCUCUAUGAGGGUUGGACGCCGUGGGUCUAGUGCGUACAUGUGCUCGGCCGCAUUUUGGGCUUCUGACAUCAGCAUGCAGCAGGACGCAGCAGAACAUAUUGGGGGCGCACCUCCUCAGGAGCAGAUCUCCCUGUUGGGAUCUCUUUGUUAUUAAGGGAUCCAGCAGCCUGGCGGUAGACGACAGGCUACAUGCGGCAGGCGACAGACGGCGGAGAACGGCGACGGACGACGGACGGUAUACGGCGGACAACCCCAAUAUCAACGACCCAGUGUUGUUGUUGCCUAGGCGAUAUAGAAGACGAUUUGACGAGAGGAUACGGAUACAGGACGCAAGCGAACUGUAACAAAGAUCGCCUCUAGAGCUUUCCUGGUGUCUGGCCGGGAGUUUUGUGGUUGCAGCAGAAGGAGCAGCAGCAGCCGUAGCUUUAACUGUGGCAGUGCCAGAUUCCUGAUACCAGCUCACAGCUCCCGGCUCCCGGAUUCGUCAUCGGGCUCGACCCAAUCAUAGAUUUCAGUAACUUCCAUUAACGUUCUCCGGUCUCUGGUCUCUCGGAUCCUUGCCUUUGCCUUCGAUUCGAUUAGAGAUAGAUUCAUUUACGCCGCACCGGAUCUGUUUCUCUUCCCAUUUGUAAGCGUUAAGUCGAAGCAUUUUUUUUUUAUUUACCUAAGUGCUAAAUUCGUACCGUAUAAGCUGAUUGAAUUUUUUUUGUUUCCAAAUUAGCUGUACCCCCACCCCAUUAAAGAUUAUACACUUAUGCAACUCCAUAUCCCCCCCUCUCGAUACACACACGAUAUGUAUGUAGCCGAAGCUCACACGCGAUGCUACUCUCCCUUCUCCACGGACUCCAUCCUGGACGGGUGGUCGCGCCCCCCUUGUACUUUUAGUUUAAUGCUUAAUUAAUAAACGGAAUGCAACUAUAAA